AAAAAACUGAGCACCGAACCGCCACUUGCAUCGACUCGCCAUCGAGAAGAAUGUGGAAAAAUCAUAUUCAUUGACGGAAGUUUUGUGAAUUUGCAAAAAUUAUAAAAUCAAUUUAUCGUUAACGUUAAUAAAACAUCAUUAUAUUUGUGUUAGCAAGCUUUAAAAUUAAUGACAAAUAAUAUUUUUUUUCUCGAUUGAGACGUGCUGAAAUAAAAUAACUACAAAAAGAUUGACCAAAAUGUUUAAAUCGAAGAAAGAAGUAGAUGUUCAUGUGCGCACUGCAUUGUCAAAAUUACGUUCGGAAAAUGAGAAAAAUCUUCGCAGCUUUACAAUAGCUAAGUUGUACUUCAAAAUCAACGAAUACUCAGCUGCCGAAGAGUAUGUAACAUCAUAUCUUUCCAUCAAGGAUGACAACGAUCAAGCACACAAGCUGCUUGGUCAAUGUUAUUUACAUCAAAAGAAGACCAGCAAAGCUCUUGCAGCAUUUCAACGUUCUUUGCAACUUAAUCCCAAGCAACCGGAUCUCCUUGGUGAAGUUUGUCAAUUAUUAAUCGAUGACAAAUCAUUAAACACUAAUAAGGCAAAAUAUUGGUGUGAUCUGGCUGAAAGUGAGAAAGUCCAACAUGAUGCCGUCUUUAGUUUGCGUCUUAAACUCAUGAAUAAAGACAAUCUUGAAACCAACCAAGUAGAGCAAAUGAUUCAAAAAGAAAUUUCAUCACGGCCACAAGAUGUUAACUUACGCAUACGUCUGAUGCGUCAUUUAGUUGAGCAAAAUAAAAUUCUAGAAGCCUUUCAGAAUACUUAUCAGUUGGAAAUGGUUAACCAUGGUAUGUUGGCUCAAAGCCCUGAAUGGUAUAAUGUCGUGUGGCUUGUAUUAAGCAAAUACGAGCAAAUACCAAAUGGCAAAAAAGACUGGCAGUUUUGGCUUUUGCUCAUAACAUGCUUAGAACGACAAGUUCAUUUGAGUUUUGUUUCAAACAAAACCAAUUUACCCAAUGGUGGGAUUACUGAAACGGCUAAUUUGCUCUUCAGUUUCGAUCAAUAUCUAUAUAAAUUCUCUCAGCUUGUUGACACCUUAAAUCAGCAAAAAGAAUUUGUAACACGCUUUUUGGAACACUAUCAGGGGCAGUUGUGUUUAUAUGCAGCUGCAUUGAUAUUCAAAAGGGAGUUAAUUCAAAACAAAUAUAAGUGGAAGGAAACCAUUAAGAGCUCUCUGCCCAUGUUACUGCUAGCCUAUCAAAGUGGAAGACCGGAUGGUAAACAACAAUGGAUGAAGCACUUAGAUGAGCAUGGUACUCUCCUUCUUCAGCAAUGGAAUAGAGAGGGGGCUUUUCGAUGUGUUCAGGCUGGGCGAACACUUGUUGGAUGUAUUGAAGAAAACAAUGAAAACAGCAAUCAAAUAAAUAAUAUAAUUGGAAACAACUCACCCUGGACUACGCCUGAGGCGUUGGUCAGUCAAGUUCGUCAAAUUUGCACAGAUAAAAACUGGCGCCGUGGCAUAUUUGGUCAGCUUUUCUGCAACAGCGACCAAAAAGUUAAAGAAAAUACUUCAUAUUUCAUUAAAUGUGCCAAAUUAUCAGAACCCAUCUAUGAACUUCCCACCUAUGCCGAAUUGGAACAACAUGAAGAAACGGCUCAGUACUUAAAUCCACAAUCUUUGGAACACAUGGUAUAUCUUUGUCUAGGAAAUGAUAAUUUGGCACAUGUUAGAGCAAAAUUCUUUAGUGGACUGAAUUUCUCCACACAUAAUUUGUCGUUCUGUGGAGCGGAAACUCUUAAUCAACUUGAUAUUGAAACUUUCCUCUACGCAACUACUUUACAAUUGAAAAGUCUCCUUAGUGUGGAACGUUUGAACCACGACUGUUACCAUCAAGGAAUUGUACCUAAGCCAAAAAUAAUGCCAUUCGUGAACAUCAAACAUCAGUUGUGCACCGAUGAGCAAGCUAAUUGGUGGUUGUUCGCUUAUCAAGUCUAUAAGAAUCUGGCUAGUGAUAACUUGGCCGAAAUUCGUGCAACCUUACAAUACGGCAUUGAAGCUGUACGGGGUAUUAAUGGACCGAAAAUUGAUAUGUUAAUCGUCUUUAAAUUGGGCAAGAUAUUUGAAAAUCGAGCUAUCGAUGCAAACAAACCAGUUGAAAAGGGUAUGCUUGAAGCAAGAGCACAGAAUUUAUACAAGUAUGGUUUAAAUAUGAUUAAAAUGAACAAUAAGGGAGUUUUGGAACCAUUCAAACGGUAUUUUAAAUAUGCUGAUGUGAAAAGUUCAUCAGAGGAACGAGAAAUUUCCAAGUUAGCUGAAGAAGCAGUUACUUUUCUGGCAACUAAAUACUUUAAAAAAUCUGAAUAUGAGGAUUUAAUUGAGGAAUUGUCGGGUAUUCAACUACCAUUUGCUACUUACUUUCAAUCCGAAGCUUACCGCAAGUUGGAUGAAGCAAUGAAGACACCGAAAAAAAAUAAACGUGCUUACUUAGAGAAAGCAAGUGAAUGUCUGAAUCAAACACUUCAGUUGUUGAAGAGCACACAAGUCGAUCCCAAUCAUCCUUUGAAUGCGGUGAUCCCAUUUGAGUUGAAAAAUCUACAGCAGAGUAAAAGUAAAUUUAUGAAUGAACAAAGUAAUAAUAGCAGCUCUUACGAAGAUGCAGAAACAGAGUUUAAUAUUGGUGAUUCGACUCAACUACACAAUAUCAGCAAUCGAUCACGACGUGAAACCUCAAUUGUCUCACAACGAACAGUUGAGUUGGAGAACAUGGUAAAGCAAAUUUCAAAUAUGAUGACUUUUGUCAAAAAAGAAAUUGUAGAAAGUAUUAAACCAGAAAUUGUUGAUGUCCAUACUCAAUUGAAAGACAUAAAAGAGAGAUUAAGUCUUAUUGAAGACAACAUGCCUAAAAAAUCGAUUCCACCAAGUCGCGAUGAAGAUGCAUCAAAUGUGCUUGAUGAUUUAUAUAUCAUAGAAGAUGAAUUACAAAAUCAAAUGUAUUCAAAUCAACAACAACAACAGCAGACGCCCAUGAAUAUGUAUGGAUCAAAUUAUUCGCAGCAGAAUUCGAUGGGUCAAAGGUUGCAUACUCCAACAGCUGUAGCUUCAGGUGGAGUUGUUAAUGUUCCAGGAACAGGAAUAAGUCCAUACAAUAAUCCAUUGUAUGGCAAUUAUGCAAUGAAUUAUUAUGCUCAGCAGCUUAUGAUGCCACCUCAACCACCCGCAGCACCUGUUAUGGGAACACAUCCAUCACAAUUAUCCAAUCGAAAUGCUUUGGGGCUCUCCUACAUGGAUUCUGCAGCGAUGAACUUUAAUAUGACCGGGCUUAAUCCAUCCUUGAUAAUGCAGCCACCAGCACCUGAUUCAAGAACCUCAAACCUGUUCGGAUUGCUUAACCAAAACUCUCCCCAACAACCGCAGUUAGGCCCUUCAAUCCAGCAACAACCACCGCCUACACUAACAGGUCCUCCUCUACCUUCCAUCAACAUACCACCUAAAAUGCAACCAUCUGCUCCUCAAAUACCACCACCAACAGUCAACGUACCACCUCCAGUUCCCAUUACAUUCAACAAGUCUCUCAACAAUACACCAGUAGAAAAAGGACCACCUGUUAAUGUUGUAAUAACUUCAUCUGAUCCGUUACCAACAACAAGCGUAAGCAUGCAGCCACAACCAACUUUGAGUGUGACCAUUCCAUCGCAUCACAUUAAGCCGAGUUUGGUAUCUACAAACGAUCCAACAAAACCACCACCAAAUACAAGCUUCCCUAUGACGGGCCCAGUGUCAACAGUCACAUCUACAACAUCCAUAACAUCACCAUUCACCAUGAAAUUCCCCACACCAUUGACAACAACAACAGCAACAACAAUAACCACUGGUAGUCCACUAACUUUCAGUUUCAAGCCACCUCCGCCCAAUAACACUGACAGCCUAAAUAAAACCAAUGACAGUAAUACAUCCGAUUUGCAUAAAAGUGAACAUGAGGUGGAAUAUGAUCCUAGGCCAGACUUUCAGCCCAUUAUUCCUCUUCCCGAUGAAAUUGAAGUAAAAACCGGAGAGGAAAACGAAGAGGUGAUGUUCUCAGCACGAUCCAAGUUGUUCCGAUUUGCGGAUAAAGAAUGGAAGGAGCGUGGUGUAGGGGACUUGAAGAUUCUCAAAAAUAAUGAAAAUGGAACAUCUAGAAUUCUUAUGCGACGUGAUCAAACUCAUAAAAUUUGUGCAAACCAUCGCAUAACAAGUGAGCUGAAUUUGACAAAACCAAAAAGCUCCGACAAAGGAUUCAUAUGGGCUGCAAAUGAUUUUGCCGAUGAGGAACUAAAAUUGGAAAAAUUCCUAGUUCGUUUUAAGCACAUGGAAACCGAACAGCAAUUUGAAGCUGCAUUUAAGGUUGCUCGCAAUGAAGCCAUCGAAUUGGAGAAAAAAACGAAUGGGAAUUUAGACUCCAAGACUAAACCCUUCGGAUUCGGUUUGCCUAAAACAUUUGCCGAAAACAAGACAAGUACACCAGCACAGAAAACGAGUGCAGCUCCAACUUCAACUGUCAAUAAUCCAAAUACCAAAACAUCAACUCUUCCCAAAACACUGUUUGAAAAUAUAUCUUCAAAGAAACCCGAGGAAACUAAAUCACAAACUUCCUCACCUUUUGCAAACUUUACGUUUGAUAAAACAACGAAUGCGCCUGCAACCACCAAUGUCGAGCCCAAACCUUUCGCAAAUUUGUUUGCCAAUAUUAAUGCUACCCAAACUGAAUAUCCGUCUCCAAUAAAUAAUCUCAAUGAAUCCAAGGCACAGGAAACGAAGGUAGAAAAUCUAAAUAAGUCGGACAAUGAAGAUGAAUAUGUUCCAACAGCUCAAUUCCAACCAGUUAUUCCACUUCCAGACCUUGUUGAAGUGACAACUGGUGAAGAAAACGAAAUUGUGCUCUUUGAACAUCGGGCAAAAUUACUGCGUUUCGAUAAAACUACAAGUGAAUGGAAAGAAAGAGGAUUAGGCAAUAUCAAAGUGUUGCAGGAUAAGAACGAUGUAAACAAUGUUAGAUUAGUGAUGCGUCGGGAGAUCAUUCAUAAGCUUUGUUGUAAUCAGCGUUUGUACAAAGAUACUAGCUUUAAAUACACGAAAAACUCAAAAACAUCUCUCAUGUGGGCUGGACAGGACUUUUCCGAAAACGAACUACAAGUUGAAACCCUUACUAUUCGUUUUAAGACAGCCGAGAGUUGCAAACAAUUCUUAGAUGUAAUAACUGAAGCUCAAGCUAAAAUGACAAUAGCAGCCAAUGAAGAAAACGCAAAGAAUGAAGAGCCUUCAAAGACAUCAACUGCACCUGUUGCAGAAAAAGGCUUUGGAGAUAAAUUCAAACCAAAAACUGGUUCAUGGUCCUGUGAGCAAUGCUAUACUUCAAAUACGGCUGAAAAGCUGUAUUGUGCGUCCUGUGAGGCACCUAAGGAUGAUACUGUCCCUAAGAAAAACACUUUGGGAACUUCAAUUCCUUUAACAAAGUCAACUUUUACUUUUGGAUUUGGAAAUUCAGGCGCAGCAGCUGCAACUCAAUCAUUUGUGGCUACUGAAGCAGUGGAAUCAGCUAAACAGCAAACUGCGAAAACGCCUUUAGUAGGAUUUGGUGAUAAAUUCAAACCAAAAGAGGGUUCGUGGAAUUGCGAGCAGUGUUACACUUCUAACACGGCCGACAAGUUGUACUGUGCUUCUUGUGAGGCUCCCAAAGAUAAAACAGUGCCAAAGAAAGAAGCCCAAUCUAUAUCUUUGGCCGUUGAUGGAAAAUCUGAAUUCUCAUUUGGCUUUGGAACAACUACAGCUCAGAAAUCAACAACAGUAAAGGCUCCUACCCAAGAAAGCAAACCAAGUGCACCAGGAUUUGGGGAUAAAUUUAAACCAAAAUUAGGCUCAUGGUCAUGUUCAGAAUGCUAUUUGUCGAAUUCUGGCGAUGAAUUGUAUUGCAAAGCAUGUGACAACCCAAAAGAUUCAACUGUACCCAAAAAAGAGCCAGUUAACAUUUUAGCACCAUCGAAUCCGUCGGCCAAGUUCAGUUUUGGCUUCCCUGCUGCUGGAAAUACAGCCCCUACGAAAACCGAAACACCUGCUUUUAGUUUUGGUAAAUCUAAUCUUGGCGAGACGGGCGUUAGUAGUGGUUUUACAUUUGGAAUUCCAAAAGAUGGAGAAACUGAAAAUAAAUCAGAGAAAAUCUUUGGAAGCAAUUUUGGCAACACAGCUUCUACAAACUUUUCUUCGACUAAUGUUGGAGAAUCGAAAUCUUUUUCUUUUAUGCCUGCAACAAGCAUAUCAUCUGAUUCAACAACUUCAACGACGACAACAACUGGCACCAUUUCAAAGUCAACCUUUUCCUUUACUUUACCAUCGAAAACAAUUGAAUCAAGUGCAGAAAAAGGAGUUGUGGGAAGCUCAUUUUCAUUAGAUAAAAAAGACUUCAAUUUCGUAUUGAAACCUAAAAGUCCCGGUAAAGCUAAAAGUCCUCUAAAGGCAAUGAAUUCACCCGGAACUGCGGCUGAUGAAGAUGAUGAUGAAGUUGCCGAAGAGGAAGAAAAUAAUACUUAUUUCACUCCAGUCAUUCCACUACCGGAUAAAAUUGAAGUCAAAACUGGUGAAGAAGAUGAAGAGGUUAUGUACUCACAUCGUGCUAAACUGUAUAGGUACACUGAUGGCGAAUGGAAAGAACGUGGUCUGGGCGAUGUGAAAAUAUUGCAACAUAAAAUAACAAAGAAACUGCGUGUUGUAAUGCGUCGUGAACUGGUUCUGAAAAUUUGUCUUAAUCACGCUCUGAAUGAAGAUGUACUUUAUAAAAAUAAAGACGAUAAAUCGUGGUUAUUUAUUGUGAACGAUUACAGCGAAGGAGAAGUAGAAUUGAAUAAGUUUUGUUUGAGAUUUAGGAGUACAGAAAUUGCUGAUGAUUUCAUGAAAGCGGUUAAUGAUUGUUUGAGUGGAACAGCAAAUGCAAUAAAAGAAACAAACAAUCAAGUACAAGAAAGUGAUGUGAGCUCAUCAAGUCAGCCAAGUAAAGAAGUAAACAUUUCCGACGAAAGCAAAAGAAUCGCCGAUAAACUAUUGUUACCCUAUAGUUUCUUUGAUGUAUCUUCUAUUGUGACUUGUCCCGGAUGCCGAGGAUGUGACCCAGAUAACUUUAUUUUCCCCAACUAUGCACCUCCCUCAUCCAAUUCAAAUGAUCCACUUCCACUAGACAUGACUAAUUUAACAAUAAACAAACCCAAUUUUAGCAUUACAAAACCAAGCAAAUUUGUCAAUGAAUUGUCCCCUCCUAAAACUGAAACUGAAACCUCUGAUAGUAAUAGUAUUUUUGGAAGCAAACUUUUCGGAUUCAAUUCAGUAAAAAGUGAUGCCACGAAUUUCUCAUUUACACAAGCUUUGAACAGCACUGCAUUUGGUGGAGGAACUACAACAGGUUCAAAUAUUUUUGGUGAUAAAUCUGUUUUUGGAAAACCCUCAAUACUUGGUGGAAAUGCUACACAAUGGAAUGGAACAGGUGUUUCAUUAUUCGGAAACAAUUCUACAAAUAUAUUGUCCAAACCAACUUUUCAAAACUCAUUAUUUGGACAACAACAACAACCGCAGAUUAGCGGCGAUAGCUCACAAACCGACACAGCAGUCAAAACUACUAUAGAAGAUUCAAACAGCACGAAGACUAGUUUUGGAGGAUCAAGUGUUGGUGGUUCACUGUUUGGCUCAAAACCCUUGUUCGGCUCUUCAACUUUUGGUGGAGUGCAACAAAAACCACAAGAAACAGCUGCCGCCGAUUCCUCAACCAAGACUGUGUUUGGCAAUACUACAGGAAGUCUGUUUUCUGAUGGUGGAUUGUCAUUUGAAGCGUUAGCUAAGCAAGCAACGCAAGUUAAACCAAUUGCACCUCCAUCAGGUGGUUUUAUUGGUUUAACACACACAAAUGCAUUCAGUAGUUUUAAUAAAAGUCAAUCCGAUGAUGCCGACCAUGAUCCACAUUUUGAGCCAAUUAUUCCAUUACCCGACGAAAUUACGGUAUCAACAGGUGAAGAGGACGAAGAGAAAAUUUUUGGUGAAAGAGCCACACUUUUUAGAUACGAUCAAGAUAAAAAAGAAUGGAAGGAAAGAGGAGUUGGUGAGCUAAAAAUCCUGCAGCACAAAACAAAAGGCACAUACCGGAUGGUGAUGCGACGCGAACAGAUUUUCAAACUUGUACUAAACCAUGCAAUUGGAGCAGACUUUUCCUUCAACCAAAUGGGAAACAAUCAAAGAGCUUUCCUCUGGGCUACUUUUAACUAUGCCGAAGAAGGAACUGAAGGAAGUCUAGAAAAACUCUCUUGCCGGUUUCGUAAUGUUGAUUGUGCUAAGAAAUUCAAUGAAGUUUUAUCAAAAUGCAUAGAAACAGUAAAAAGCCGUGCCGAAUUAGAACCAGAAGAAGACUAAACAAAAUUCUGAUGCUAAAUAUACAUAGUUUAAAAAAAUAAAAAAUAAAUACAAAAUGUUGAAAAAAAAAACAAAAAAAGAAAAAAAUAAUUUAAACCACAAUGAAUACUUAUUGCCGUCAUUGAAAAAUAUUUGAUCCAAGCCUAAAUUAUUUGUAUUAUUAAAAAUAAAAA